UCUUCUCUCUCCCUCUCUCUCUCUCUCUCUCUCUCUCUCUAAUGUAUUGACAGGACACACCUUCAAGCCCUCAAAAAGUUUUCUAAAACAACGCGUCCUUCCCAACACAACCAACGAACUUACUUCUCUUCUCUUCACUCCCUCAAAAACCCUAACUCUCUCUCUCCCUCUCUCUCUCUUUGCUUUUUCACUGUAUCUGUUCAACUAUUCUCCACCAAUUCCCUCCUAAUUCUCACUUCACCUUCAAAUCCCUAAUCGUGCCUUCGAUCCUCCAUGGACAAUCCCGAUCCGGGAGGCCAUUUCGCUACCGACUCUAACUGGAAUCUCGGGCCUGACUCCGAUAACGUCAAUUACUUUUUCGCUAGAGACAGGGAGAGUAGUAUACUCUGUGAAUUCGGAUGGAAUCUUCCCCCCUACCACUCUUCCAGCGAGCCGAGCUGCUUUGGAGACUUCGAUCGGAUCGAUGCCGAAGAUACGCCCGAUUCGGCGGGGAACCUUGGUUUUGCACCCAAGAGUAGUAGCGCGUUACGGGGAUCGGUUAGUGGUGGUCAUCAGGCGGGUACGGUCGGGUCUGGGAGCGGUGGUGGUGGUGGUGGUGACGUGUCAACUUCGAAUCCGUCAGUUUCUUCGAGCUCCAGCGAGGAUCCGCCCGAUAAGUCUGCGAGCUUCGGCGGGAAACCACCUGAGAUACCGAGUAAAGUUAGAAAGAAGGGGCAAAAACGAAUCCGCCAGCCACGUUUUGCAUUUAUGACUAAGAGUGAAGUUGAUCAUCUGGAGGAUGGUUACCGUUGGCGGAAAUAUGGACAGAAAGCGGUUAAAAAUAGUCCAUUUCCCAGGAGCUACUAUCGUUGCACAAAUAGCAGAUGUACCGUGAAAAAGAGGGUUGAACGAUCUUCUGAAGAUCCCGCCAUUGUGAUUACUACUUAUGAAGGCCAGCACUGUCACCCUACUGUUGGUUUUCACCGAGGUGGAAUCAUUAGCCAUGAAUCGACAUUUGUCAACCACUUAACCCCCCCAGUUUCACAAUUUUAUUAUCCUGGAAUUCAGUUACCUCGAGAAAGUCCAACUAUUGCACAGUCACAACAGGUACCUGUUCAAACAAUCGAAAUCGGUAUGCUACGAGAGCCUACCCCACAGAUUCCAGUAGAUGAAGGACUUCUCGGGGACAUUGUGCCUCCUGGAAUGCGUAGAUGAGUUUGUGUGGGUGUAUGAGAGAUAUAUUGCAUUCAAAGUUACCAAGUCUUGUGAGAUAACCAUUAAUUAUUAUGUCAGUGCGUAAGUCGUGUGAAUAUAUUUUUAAACCUAUGGGCAAUUCAAGAAAUCUAUGAUUCGACUAUUAAUUGCUGGGGCGAUGCUUCGAUCCUUGGUUUCUGAACUAAACAACCAUCAAAGUAAUCUUUUUCACUUGUGUUAGCUGAUAGUAGAGCAUCCUAAGGUUCCAAGUUUAUUUUAUAUUUACCUUUACAGACGUGGAAAAAAAAAAGGUAUGUGUUUUAAAAGUUUUCAGUAAAAUGUAAGUAUGUUUCAGCUGUCUAAGUGCAUCUCUUUCAUCCUCUCAAGUCAAAAAGUUCAUAAAAUAACGAAAUGCAUAAACAUAACCAAAAACUUUCCCAACCUUUUAAGAGCAUCUUCUGUACUCCUAUCGACACAGCAUAAGCAAUGAGUGAUAAAAGCUUAUGAGAUGUUAUAUAAUGGAUCAUGACAUGAACCAAAAUGAAAAUGAACAUUUAGUUCCAGGUCUAGACAAUCUUUGAUGAGGUCAGAAUAGGAAGGGAAAUAUCGCCCCCCAGCUGAAAGAGAGAUUACUUGCCCACUGGCAGAAUACUGUGGUUGUUACUACUCUAUAUUUGUGAACAGGCAGUAGUGCCGAAACAUGAACUAUUCUUAUUAGAUUAAUUAGCACAAUACUAUAUGUAUUAGAACUUAACUUAUUAUAGGCUUAGCAUGUUGGCAAGUGCAUUUCUCUAACCUAGACAAGAUUUUAAGUUGGAUUCUCUUCUUUACCUCCCUUAUAAACCAAAAAAAAAAAAUAAAAUCAACACAUCAUACUGCCGGUGUGACUUACGGAAGACAUUUUAAUGGAUAUUAAUUGCACUGAGACGGUAGGCCAGAGUGUUACCAGUCAUGUAGACCGUAUCCUCAUUUCCUUGCUUCAUUACCAGUAUUAUGCAGCUCUUAUCGACUCCAAAGUUACCCACUAAUGUUGCUAAUUAAGAUUAUUGCUUAUGUAGUACGUACCUUGUGUUUGAUUAUUGCCACUUUAUAUUAUGCUUUCUCAUGAAAUACUUAAAGAGCUUGUGUGGAAAGGAUGAGGUUGGAAGCAACAUAAAGAUAAGAUUAAUGACCACUGGAAUCAAGUAAAAUCCAAAUGGAAACAGAUUCCUGUGAAACCUACAUGUCAUUACCGGUGUGUUACUUUGUUCUCCUUCACAUUACUUCUUCAAAACUUCUAUAUCUAGAUAUGAUUCGAACAAUUUUGCAUUUACAUUUUAUCUAACUUACAGGUAAGAGGAGCAUAAUAGCAUAAACCCUGAGUUUAUUUCAGUAAUUAAUUUGGAAGUCAUUAUUCUUUUAAGUUUAUUCAUAUCUCAUGCUAUUCUUUGUUGUGGCUUGCAAGAUUCAAGUGAUUUUAUCACAUGCUUUCGAUCAUUUAUUAUCGACUUGCAUGGAAAUGGUUUGAUUUAUUCUCUGUUGUCUCUUAUUAUAAUUACACACUCUACAAAAAAUGAAACUGAAUGCAUGAAGGCAUAUUGAUUAUUUUUUUUUUAUUUCCAUGACCUAAGAUUAAUUAUUGUUUUUACACACGAUCUCAUGAUGUGAUCGGAGAAAUGCCAUAUUUCUAGUUUUCUAAGUGAGUCCUUGAGCCCCCUCAAAAUUUUACCCUUAAUAUCAGAGUGACUAUUUCUCACAUUCAUACGUAUACAUGUAGCAGGUAUUGCUCUAAUUGAUGUGCUAGCUCUUAUACGUGGACUGAUACCAAUUUCAAACUUAGAAUUUUUUUUUUUAAUGUUAUGAUGAAUCGGGAACGUGUAAGUGGAGUAGAAAGUAGCUUUCAUGGGUGGAGAGUAUGGAUGUCCUCCUUGCGGUGCACUAAUUACUCUUCAGUUAUUCGGGAGUAAAUUUAGGAUCUUGAUUAGGUUGAUCUUUGUACCCUGUAGACGUGAUGAUAUAUAGCCUUGUCCUUUUGUUUUCAAGGGAACAAAAAGGGAAAACAUUAUAUAUGUAUCCAUCUCAAUUUCGGAAAUAAUCCCUUUAAUUUGUUUCAUCA